AUCAGAUCAACCAUUGACAUAGUCCCCUCUAACAUAGUCAGCUGAAAGCGACUUCAAGUUUCUUCAGGAUGCCUGCGGCACUUGUGGAGAACAGCCAGGUCAUCUGUGAAGUCUGGGCCAGCAAUCUAGAAGAAGAGAUGAGGAAGAUCCGAGAAAUCGUGCUCAGUUACAGUUAUAUUGCCAUGGACACAGAAUUUCCAGGUGUUGUGGUGCGACCCAUUGGUGAAUUUCGUAGUUCCAUAGAUUACCAGUAUCAGCUUUUACGGUGCAAUGUUGACCUUUUAAAAAUUAUCCAGCUGGGCCUUACAUUCACGAAUGAGAAGGGAGAAUAUCCUUCUGGAAUCAACACUUGGCAGUUCAACUUCAAAUUCAACCUUACAGAGGACAUGUACUCCCAGGAUUCCAUAGAUCUCCUUGCUAACUCAGGACUGCAGUUUCAGAAGCAUGAAGAGGAAGGGAUUGACACUUUGCACUUUGCAGAGCUGCUUAUGACAUCAGGGGUGGUUCUCUGUGACAAUGUCAAAUGGCUUUCAUUUCACAGUGGCUAUGAUUUUGGCUACAUGGUUAAGUUACUUACGGAUUCUCGUUUGCCAGAAGAGGAACAUGAAUUCUUUCACAUUCUGAACCUUUUCUUCCCAUCCAUUUAUGAUGUGAAAUACCUGAUGAAAAGUUGCAAAAAUCUUAAGGGAGGUCUUCAGGAAGUUGCUGAUCAGUUGGAUUUGCAGAGAAUUGGAAGGCAGCACCAGGCAGGCUCAGACUCACUGCUAACGGGAAUGGCAUUCUUCAGGAUGAAAGAGUACAUUAUUGGUGGGAAUGUAACUGGUGCAGCCACUAUGGAAAACAGUAUGGAGGUGCCUCAGAAAACUAAAAAUAGAAGUACUAUAUGACCCAGCAAUUCCACUCCUGGGCAUAUAUCCAAAAAAAAAUGAAAACACUAAUUCUAAAAGAUACAUGUACUCCAAUGUUCAUAGCAACAUUAUUUACAACUGCCAAAAUAUGGAAGCAACCUAAAUGUCCAUCAACAGAUGAAUGGAUAAAGAUGUGGUAUAUAUGUACAAUGGAAUAUUACUCAGUCAUAAGGAACAAGGAAGUUCUGCUGUUUGCAACAAAAGAGACCUAGAGGAUAUUACGCUAAGUGAAAUAAGUCAGACUGAGAAAGACAAAUACUGUAUGUUUUCACUUAUAUGUGGAAUCUAAAAAAUAAAAUGAAUAAAUGUGACAAAACAGAAACAGACUCGUAGAUACAGAGAGCAAACUAGUGGUUAUCAGUGGGGAGAGGGCAGAGGGGAGGGGCAAGAUGGGAGUGUGGGAUUAAGAGGUACAAAGCUGUAUAUAAAAUAAAUAAGCAAUAAGGAUAUAUUGUAUAGCACAGGGAAAGAUAGCCAUUAUUUUAUAAUAACUUUAUUAUUUAUUUAUUAUUAUUAUUAUUUUUUGCGCUACGUGGGCCUCUCACUGCUGUGGCCUCUCCCGUUGCGGAGCACAGGCUCCGGACGCGCAGGCUCAGCGGCCAUGGCUCACGGGCCCAGCCGCUCCGCGGCAUGUGGGAUCUUCCUGGACCGGGGCACGAACCUGCGUCCCCUGCACCGGCAGGCGGACUCUCAACCACUGCGCCACCAGGGAAGCCCAUAUAAUAACUUUAAAUGGACAUAAUCUAUAAAAAUACUGAAUCGCUAUGUUGUCUACCUAAAACUAAUACGAUAUUGUAAAUCAACUAUACUUCAGUUUAAAAAAAUUAAGUUUAUGUCCUUUGCCAAAGUAGAUAUUUAAUUUGGAAUUAGGACUAGGAUAAGCUUUCUAACAUAUCAUGCUUAUUAGUUACAAACUGUCUGCUAUUUAUUAUUAGCAAAAUCUAUGUACACUAUUAGUUUUCCUAUAUUCCUUUUAACUUGAGAGAGUCACUGCUAGAAUAAAAAUUGUUUUGUUAUUACAAAUAAAGAUUCUCAGGAAAUCACUGGAAAUUAGUUCUAGAGAAAUUUAAAAUGUCAACUUGAAAUUUUCACUAUGGUUGACAGCACAUACUCUCCAGCACUUUGGAAACAGAUUAGUGUCACAUUAUAAUUUCUUCAUAUUAGAAAAAAAAGUAACUACAUCUCCUUCACAUUAAAAGAACAGGUGCCUCUGACCACUUAUUAUGGUUCUUCUGGGUGCUGAAGAAAUUCAGAGAAGUUUAAGAUUCAUUAAGGAAUACAUCAUAUGAAAAUAUGAAAAAGAUCAACGUGCCAGGCAGGGACUAGUAGUUACUAGAACACAUGCAGACUCUGCAAUUAGACAAUUUGGGUUUGAAUCUAGGCUCUAUCAUAUACUAGCUGUGGGACUUAUGGAAGUGAGCUAACCUCUCUGAGCCUCAAUUUAACCAGGAAAAUGAAGAUAACAAAACCUACCUCCCAGGACUGUGAGAAUUAGAUGCAGUCACACAUGGAAACACUGAGGGAAGGGGAUAUAAACUGGCAAAAUCUUUUUGGAGAGCGACAGUUUCACACAAGAUGAAAAGUCAUAUCCCUACCCCUGGCCUGGAAUAACUAUAGCAAUAACUAUACUUUAGAAAAUCUGGAGAAAACAUGCAGCAAACUAAUAACACUGGUUUUUACUGAGGGAUGGGAUUAGGGAAUUUUGUCAUGUUUGAAACUUUUGUUGUAUUUUAAAUAAAGUGAAUAUACUACUUUUGAAAGCAGAAAAAUUAUAAAAGUAGUAUUUACUUUAAUACCGAAAAGAAAGGAAAAAGGCACAGAAAUUGGAACAAGAAGUAGCAGAACACAUAUACCACCCCCAAUAUGGAAAGAAACCAAAGUUACCUAUGACGGUCUGCAGGUUGUGCACAUAAAUGACUGCAUUGUUGGACCCAGAGGCCAUCAGAUAGCUCAGCUCUGGCUGGCUGCCAUACUCAUGAUGCCAGCUAAUAGUGUUCACAAGCUUGUGAUGCUGCUGGAUGGUGCAGAUCAGUUUCAAGUUAGGAACCUUGAAUAUUUCUAUUGAUCUGGAAUAAGAAACACACCAAGACAAGAAAGAUGGAUGCUCAAAUUACAGUCCAAUGCAAACAGGUAUCUCCCUCAUCCCAUCAGUCAAAGAAAGGUGAAAUGGAAUAGGAUAACCCUAUAUAAACUGCAGAGGUUACUCUCUCACAAAGAACCAGACACAAAAAGUAGUCUUUCAAACAGUUUUCACAAAUCUCAACAAUCUCUGGAAAGUUGUGUUUAUCAGGCUCUUAUAAUAAAUGGUGCAAGGGAGAAGCUAAAAGAAGAAUUAAUAAACAAAUGGCUGAAAUAGGGCUAUGUUACUAUGAUCAACAUUGGAAAGGGGGAAAAAAAAAACCCAAAAAAACAAAAACAAAAGAAAAAGAUGUUGGAAAGGGCAUGGUGAGGCCUAAAAAGCAUUUCUGCCUAGGUUUACUGUAAAAAAAAUGAAGGGAGAUUUAGGCAGUUUAAUUCUGGAGAUGAGGGUUCUGUGAAGCACACAACAGCCAAAACACAGAGUAGAGCUGAGUACUCUUUGGGCUGAAAAUAUUUAACUUAUUUUGCAGUUCUCAAAGAUGCAGAGAGCUGAGUCAUUUAAGGAUAUCAAGGAUAAGUCAGAACAUCAAACACAACUAGGUUUUCCCAACUAACAUUACAGAUGGCAUUAGCUUGUGAUCAAAUAUAUGCGCAAUUACAAAGUUUUUUUUAUAAAGAAACAAACACAUACCCAUCUUCAUUGCCAAGAGCCAUGAUUUUGCCAUCUGCUUUCCAGCUGAUCUCUGUGUGUACAGGCAAUUUGUACUAGAAAGCAAAACAAACCAAUCUUGACUGAAAACAUUGUUCUUCUUACACAUCAGUGAUGACAGUGUGGGGAAAAAAAAGAAAAUCCCUAGUUUAAAAAUGUUCUAAUUGUACAACAGCCAUUCUUAUAAAUAAUCUACAUAAUUCGCCAAAGAGGUACUAAGAGCAACUGUUUGAAAUACGAUUUCCUAAAUGGGAUAAAAAAGAGAGGCCAGUAAAUACUACAUGUCUGCAGUGUCUAACCUUGUGAAAUGAACUUAAUUAAAAUGAUUUUUAUCCCACAGUAAGACAUGAAACAUAUCCAUUGGCUUUGAUAACAUGGGGGUCGUUGCCUUUUUAAUAGAAGUCAUACACACUACACUUUUUUCUUCCUAUCUCUUCUGUUUCUUUUCCAGAAUCUUUUUUUUUUCCUAACUUUUUUUGGUGUUCCCCAAAGCUGCCUGGGCCCUCUUCUUUUCUUACGUGUCUCUUUAGAUCACCUCAUACAUACCUGCAGCUUCUUUAGCUACCAUUCAUGUGAAGAGACUCCAAAUUUCUAUUUCCAGCCCAAACUCCUUAUAUGAGCCUCUGAUCCAUACAUUUAACUGUCACAAAACUAAAAGUUUGUUAAGAAUAGGAAUUUUGUUUCUUUUAUUCAUUAUUGAAUGUUAAUGUUCAGAUGACAUUUAAGACAUGAAGGAAUACAGUCAACAAAAAUAAUUCAAUUUAUGAUUAAAUGUUAUUUUUAUGCUAGCCAUACAAAAUAAUGAGCAACAGUAAAAAAUGCUCAUUUGAAAGAGUAAGGAAAUCUCAACAUUUAUGGUUUCAUUUAAAAAGACAGUUCUGGCAUACAGAUACACUGAUAGGAUGGUAAAGAAAAUGUGGCUAAAUGUGGAAAUCUCAGUCAAGGAUAUAAGGAAAUUAUUUGUAUUAUUUUUGCAACUUUUGUAUAAAUCUGUAAUUAUUUCACUAAAAAAAUUAAAAACAAAAUGACAAUUC